AAAAUCAAAUACAUAAUCUAUAUAUAUAUAUAUAUAUAUCAUAUAUAUACACAUUCAAUAAGCUUUGUUCAUUGAAUUGAUUUCCGUGACAAGCAAGUUUCGAGGUUUCUUAACCGAUGGGCAAUCGGUUGCUUCACUUCCAACCCUAAAAAACCUCACCUCCAUCAACAACUUUAUCAUCUUCUUCUUUUUCAUCAUCGCCUUCGUCGCCUUCCUCUGAGACCCAUCUCUAUAUUCCUCCAAACAAGCCCUAAUUUGUGUGUUUUUUGGCCUGAUCAGUUGAAAUCUGAUCUGGGUCGAAGUCGUUGAUCUGUUUUGUCGUGUUUUUUUCGAUAUGGGUCAUGAUUUGUUAGCAAUCACCCCUGCGCCGCCGCCGCCUCCGCCUCCGCCUCCGACGUCUCUGGCUCCUGGGUUUCGGUUCCAUCCGACGGACGAGGAGCUUGUGCAGUACUACCUCAAGCGUAAGGCCUCUGGGAAGCCCUUCCGCUUCGAUGCCGUCUCAGAAAUCGAUGUCUACAAAUCUGAGCCCUGGGAGCUCUCCGGUCAUUCAAGGCUGAAGAGUCGAGACCUAGAGUGGUACUUCUUUAGCCCUGUAGACAGAAAGUAUGGGAAUGGAUCUCGGUUGAAUCGUGCCACUGGCAAAGGGUAUUGGAAGGCAACUGGAAAGGAUCGACCGGUACGUCAUAAGGGCCAGACAAUUGGGAUGAAAAAAACGCUUGUGUUUCAUAGUGGACGAGCUCCAGAUGGCAAGCGAACCAAUUGGGUCAUGCAUGAGUACAGGCUUGCGGAGGAAGAUUUAGAGAGAGCUAGGGUCGCACAGGAUGCAUUUGUGCUGUGCAGAAUUUUUCAAAAAAGUGGUUUAGGACCACCGAAUGGGGAUCGAUAUGCUCCAUUUAUUGAGGAGGAAUGGAAUGAUGAUGCAUUAUUGGUGAUUCCAGGAGAAGAGGCUGGGGAUGAGAUGGUAAAUGGUGAUGAUGCACAAAUGGAAGGGAGUGAGCUUGAGCAGGAUGCUCACACUCAUUCCAUCAAGGCACCUCUGUGUCGAACUGAGCUUCCAAAUGGUUCUCAAAACGUGUCAUUUGUUUGCAAGAGGGAAAGGUCAGAUGAUUGUCCUUUACCGUGUACAGCUGACGCAGAACCACUCUGUUUGGCUCAGAAUAAAAGAUCAAGGCCAGAUGAUCCCAACUCCACUUGUGCAAAUGGUUCGGAAGAUUCAAUCACGACAACUCACGAUCUUUGUAUAUCUACAACUGUAGCAACCACAACAAAAUUUCCCUCUGCACUCUUGGAAUUCCCUCUGUUGGAAUCUCUUGAACCCAAACAAAACCAUCCGAAUAACCCACCAACAUUCGAUGCAGCUAAUCUUGAGAAAUCUGUGCCUCCCGGAUAUUUGAAAUUCAUCAGCAAUUUGGAAAAUGAGAUCCUUAAUGUUUCUAUGGAGAGAGAGACGAUGAAGCUUGAAGUGAUGAGGGCCCAAGCCAUGAUUAACAUUCUUCAAUCGCGUAUUGAUCUUCUAAACAAGGAAAACGAGGACUUGAGAAGGGUUGUUCGAGAUCGUUAGCUACUUCCCAGCUUUUAAUGUAAUCUGUUUUUGUAGUUGGCCCAACCGCUGAAGCCAUGAGUAACUUUCGUCAGUUGCAUAUUGAACUUCUGAAGAAGGAAAACAAGGGCUUGAACGGGGCCCUGUUUGAGAUGUCUAGCUAUUUAUGGCGCUUGUGUAAAACUAUUUUUGUUGUUCUUUGUUGUAAUCUGAAUUCUGAAUGGAUGUUCCGGUUGGCCAUUGACGAUGCCUUGUCUGUUGAAUCAUUUUAUCAGAAUAACAUGUUUGCUUUUCUGAUCUUGAUUGUUGUUGUUGAUAAAUUGAUUCUAGUUUCUCUA